AUGGAACCAUCGUCUCCUCUCCCGUCCUCGUUCGCCUCGGAUCCCUGGACUCGUGGCGUCCAGCCGCUCCCAGCCUUCCUGAUCACCAUUGUGCUAGUUGCUCUCACUGUUUUCUUGUCCUUUCAAUCCCACUCAAACCUCAAGGAUGUGCCGAUUCUUAAUUCUGGGAAAGGGUUUUCGCCCAUGAAAGUAGCGUCCAAGCGCGAAUUUGUGUUGAAGAGUAAGGAAAUCCUAGCAAGAGGCAGAGCGCUAUUCGCUGGGAAGCCUUACCGCCUGAUUACGGACUUGGGCGAAAUCGUAUUCCUGCCAAUUGAGCUUUGUGAGGAGGUAAAGAAUGACCCAAGGCUUAGUUUCGGAACUGCCUUCAGCCGUGUCACCGAGGCCAUGUCUGAGGAGGCGGCGAUAUCGAUGUCAAUGAACAUCGGUGAGCCAAAUGGAGAACUCUGCCGUGACAAAAAAUGGAUACAAACUACCAUCGACUACACGGUCAAUUUCUUCAUCGCCGCAACGUAUCUGCGCAUGAUCCCCGGCCCCUUACGUCGCAUAUGCCACUGGUUCGUACCACAAUGCAGAGAGGCCCGAAGGCAGUUUGACGAAGCACGCCGGGUCAUCGCGCCCGUCAUAGAGAAACGUCGAGCACUCCGCGCCGAGGCGCUGAGUGCCGGCAGACAGCCUCCAGAUUUCCACGACGCCAUCGACUGGGUCGACCAGGAGGCCGUCGACAGGGGCGUCAGCUUCGACCCGGCUACAUUUCAGCUCAUGUUGUCAGUUGCUGCCAUACACACGACCGUGGAUCUGUGCACCGAGUUCAUAUUGCAGCUGGCCGCCAACCCUCAGUACUUUGCCCCUAUUCGCGAGGAGAUUGUCCGCGUCCUCAAGGCCGACGGGUGGACAAAAGGCUCCUUGUACAACAUGAAGCUCCUGGACAGUGCUCUCAAGGAGUCGCAGCGGCACAAGCCACCCGGAGUUGCAUCACUGCGAAGGCGCGUAGAAGAAAAAAUGACACUAUCUAACGGCCUGGCUCUCAAGGUUGGCGACAGAAUCGCUUUUGACACGUAUCGGAUGGGAGAUCCGGACCUGCACGAAGACCCUCAAAAAUGGGACCCUUACCGAUUCCUCAGGAUGCGGGAGCAUGCUGAGACAGAGACUGAGGCUCUGCUAGUCACCACGAGCCCAAAUCACCUGGCAUUUGGGCAUGGCAAACAUGCUUGCCCUGGCCGCUUCUUCGCGGCGACUGAGAUCAAGAUCAUCCUGUGUCAUUUAAUGAUCAAGUACGAGUGGGAAUUGGCCCCGGGUACUGACAUUAAACCAAUGGCUCUUGGCUUCACGAACGGUGUCAGCCCCACUGCGCACAUUCUGAUUCGUAAGCGCAAGGCGGUGGAGAUUGAUAUAGAUUCGCUUUGGAGCACCAGAGAUCAGUAA